AUGAACCUCACCGUCCAGCUUCUGGACCUGUGGCUGAAGGCAUCCAACCUCUCUCGGCAGCAGUUCAUCCAACAGUAUUCCAUCCCUCCGUUGGUGUCCGUCCCCAGGUUGUCCUGGCCCCUGCAGUCCCUGUUCGGGGUGCUCUACCUGGUCAUCUUCGUCCUGGCCGUGGUGGGCAACGUGGCCGUGCUGGUGCUGCUGUGCAAGAGGAAGGCCCUGCAGUCGGCCAGCACUUUCUUCAUCUGCUCUCUGGCCCUCAGCGACUUGCUCAUCGCCAUCGUCUGUGUCCCUGCCACCCUGCUUCAGCACUUCUUCGCCAACUGGCUAGCAGGGGAUUUUCUCUGCAAGCUGGUGCCAUUUCUCCAGGUGACCGCAAUAUCAACCAGCAUUCUGACGAUGACAUGCAUCGCUGUGGAGCGGUUCCAGGGCAUUCUCUACCCGCUUCACGUCCGCAACGGUUACUUCUUGUUCCAUGCGUGCAAGAUGUUGGCGGCUGUAUGGCUGGGCGCCGUGGCGAUAGCAGCCCCGUUGUUGUUCAUACAGAAAGUGGAAGAGAAGUACGACUUCCUGUACGACAUCAUCCACACCUGUUGCCUGGAGGUGUGGCCCUGGGUGCAGCAGCGGCAGGUCUACACCACCUGUCUGUCCGUGUUGGUGUUCCUGGUCCCCAUGGUAACCAUGGGAUUGCUUUACGGCAAGAUCAUGCGUGAGUUGUGGGGGAAACACCGUGUUCAUGACAUCAUGUUCCAGACUCUUCCUGGUUCGGAGAUCAACAAAAUCACCAGGAGAAAGAAGCGAGCGGUGAGGAUGAUGGCCACGGUGGUGCUGCUGUUCGCCGUCUGCUGGGCCCCCUUCCACGCCGUCUCCCUGCUCCUCGAGUACGGGCUGCUGGAGAUGAACCUGAACUCCGAGUUCCUCCUGAUGAGCUUAGUCCAGAUUCUGGGCUUCAGUAACUCGGUGUGUAACCCUCUGGUCUACGCUGCCCUCAACACCAACUUCAAGAGGGACCUUGUGGCCCUGCUGACCCACCGCCAGAGGACCAAGGCUCGCUGGUGGUCCGGCGUGGCGGUGAGGCGCCGGGGGGUGCGGGUGGGCGUGUCGGAAGGGGAAGGCCCGUUCCCCAGCAGCAGGGCAGGGCGAGGUGUCACCCAGGUGGGGCUGCGUCAGUGGAGCAGGGUGGCCUGGGAACUGGAGGCCAUAGCUUCGCCCCGGAGGGAGCCGGGACAAGGAGGCUCGUCCAGACCCUUAACCCCGCUGCACCUGUUCAGCGUGAGGCCCAAGAAGAGCAGCAGCCCCCUUCUCCUCAGCGUCACAGACCCCCAGCACAGCAACACGGCGAUGGGCUUCUUCUCAGGGUCAGACACCACAACCUCCCAGUCCAAGCCUUUUAGCUUCUGAGGAAAAGCAGAGACAAGAUUUCAGUUUUCAAGCUUUUUUUCAAAUGUUUCUUUUUGGUAGUAGUUCAUGUACAAGCCGUGUAUGCUGAUGACCGUGAGUCAAUGAAUUUGUAACCAUCUCAGGGAAUCGACCGACAGCAUAUGCAGCUGGGACGUUUUGGAGGCUAAACCUACAUGUUCACCAGGUUGAGAUGAUUACACAGGCGAAACCAUCAGUCUGCUGUUUGUCUAGCAAGGCCAGAUGGAUUCAGCAGAUAUACCCAGAGCAAUACACUGAAGCCAGAGGAGACGAGGCUGAAAACGCUUCUGAGGACAUUCAAAUCACAGGUGGAUUAAAACUCCUUGAACCAGAACAACUUCUAUUGACCCAAAGAUACACUUAAACCUGUGAAUGAAUUGGCUAUCAAAGCCUUUCGGAUUGCAAACUGUAAUAGAAAUGAUGGCUUGACAACUGACCAGGCCUGGAGGAAUAGUCUUUUAGGUUUCUUUCAGAUGUAGUAAAUAGAUGGAGAAAAUAAGCUGUUGACUAAUUGUUUUGAUAUUUCUUGUCCUUUUGGACGUUGUGUAUUU